CCUUUCAGAAAUCGGGUGUUAGUAUAGCAAAAAGCCUAUCUGAGUGCCAGAGAUUCAAACAUAUCAUAGUCAAUUUGUAUAUCUCAUCAAAACUUCACACCGGUUUAAAUAACGAGAGAAAUAAUAAAGGCAAAUACAAGCGCACGACUUGUGUACACGAGUGUACAAACAGCAUAAGCUAGUAUAGGUGCGCUUGGUAGGCGAGCGAGAUCACUCAUUAUCAUAUUGAAACCCAAACAGUAUGGACGUGUGCUAAUAAAUCAACAUGUUUCAAACAGUUUUAUACAUCGCGGUGUCCUUAGUUAUAGUGCAGGCUGAAUACAAAUUCGAAACAAAAUGGUUUCGCGUGCCACUCGACCAUUUUGGAUUUCAGAGGAACGAAACCUUUGAGAUAAAGUAUUUGGUUAAUGAUGACAACUGGGAUCAAGGCAGUGGACCCAUCUUCUUCUAUACCGGGAAUGAGGGCCAAAUAGAAGUUUUCGCAAAGCACACGGGUUUCAUGUGGGAGAUUGCUAGGGAAUACAGAGCUAAACUAGUGUUUGCAGAGCACAGAUACUAUGGAGCUUCAAUGCCCUUCGGUAACAAGUCUCUAGACAAUGAACAUAUUGGGUAUCUAUCGUCAGCACAGGCGCUAGCUGACUACGCAGACCUGAUCAACUACCUCCAGGGAAAUGUCAUCAAACCCAGAUACCCUGUUGUUGCUUUUGGAGGGUCGUACGGUGGCAUGUUGGCAGCAUACUUCCGUAUCAAGUAUCCCCAUAUCGUGAACGGUGCCAUCGCAGCCUCUGCACCAGUCCACAUGUUCAAUGGGAUGGCUCCCUGCGGAGUCUUCAACAGACUCGUGACUUCCAGCUUCAGAUCCGUCAAUACUCAUUGUUCUAGCAACAUCAAGCAGUCUUGGAGUGUUAUUAGGCAGUUCUCUUCAACUGCCAACGGGUCGGAGGCACUUCGCAAAGCGUUCAACCUCUGCACGCCAGUCAAGAAUGCGACUGAUCUAGAGGUUCUGAUGGAGUUCCUGCAAUCCAUGUAUUCCUCACUGGCCAUGGUGAACUAUCCUUUCGCCUCGGACUUUCUGACGUCACUACCAGCCGAGCCUGUUAGAGUGGUCUGCCAGUAUCUUAAUCAAACUUUGACCGGAGACAAAUUGUUAGCGGCUAUAGGAAAAGUUAUUGACAUUUAUACAAAUUAUGAGAAGAAAAAUAAAUGCGUUGACUUCAUGAAAGGCGAUGACUACGGUAACUUGGACGCUGCUGGGUGGGACUUUCAGGCGUGCACAGAAAUGGUGAUGCCGAUGUGUGCGGAUGGAGUGAACGACAUGUUUGAGCCAGAACCAUGGAACUUCACGAAGUUUGCUGACGCCUGUCACAAGAAGUACAACGUGUACCCUCGAGUGGAGAUGGCGAGGCUCGAGUAUGGUGGGAACAGGCUACAGGCAUCUUCUAACAUUGUAUUCAGUAAUGGACUUAGGGAUCCUUGGACUGGAGGAGGUAUCCUCGACAGCUUAAAUGACUCGGUGAGAGCUGUGGUAAUAGUGGACGCGGCCCAUCACUUGGACCUAAUGCCCAGUAACCCCAGCGAUCCAGAACCAGUAAGGAUAGCGAGGAAUAUUCACAAGCAACACAUCAGCAGGUGGAUACAAGAGUUCAAAGAACAAUUGGCGACAACACGUAGAUUUUAAACAAUGUGAUUUUUGACUGUUAUGUAUAAAUAUUAUAUUAAUAAAUUGUUAACUAAUGUGACUUA